AUGGUCACGAUCCACAUCGAAGUCGUUUCCGACACCCUUUGUCCCUGGUGCUACGUCGCCAAAGCCAAUCUCGACCGCGCCAUCGCCCUGCACCGCGAGCGCGACCCUGAUACUGUCUUCCAUGUGGUGUGGAAGCCCUUCUACCUGUACCCCAACUUGCCUCCAACUAGUAUGGCCCCUUCUUCCGCUGUUCUGAUCCUUCCCGUCUUGCCUGUCUCUGCCAUGUCCCCUCCUUUCUCGCCAAGAAAGCACGAGCCAUUCUCAUUGACACACACACCAGACCAACCCCGAGCGCCCCUUUACCCCUUUGCGCCAGAUAUUCAGUCCCGCCUCACGACCGCCGCCCAGGAGGCCCGCCUGACGCUGUCCCCCGCGUCCUUCACGGCUGGCAGAGCAGGGAACUCCCGCCCGGCCCACCAGCUCCUACGCCACCUCGCUCGCUCCCAGUCGUCGUCGCCAGCAUCGACCCCGUCUCCGAGAGCCACAAGCUCCUCAGCACCCUUCCCGUCAGUCCCCGGCCACGGUUACGCGCAGCCCCGCGGCGCCAUGCCUGCCUAUUCCACACCACAGUCCCGCUUUCUCGACGCUCUUUUCAAUGCCUACUUUGCUCGAUGUCUCGACGUCUCCAACCGAGAGGUUCUCCUCGAGCUCGCGGUCAAGGCGGGUCUGGAACGCGCCGAGGCACAUGACGUACUCGAAAGUGAGGAGAGCCGUCGGGGGACGGACGAAGAGGCAGCGCGUGCGAGGGGGGAGAGGGGCGUCGAGGGAGUCCCGACCAUGACCAUACAGGGUCAAUGGAGGGUCGGCGGCAUGCAGGGCGUUGAAUUGUUGCUUGGCGUCUUCGAGAAGGCAGCGAGGGGCGUCGCAGCUGGAGGAGCGGGCGGUAGCGGCGGCAGAAGUCACUACGAAGGGGCAACGAGGCAGGGGAGUCGAGGAAGUGACAUGUGGCUGAGUAGCAUACUAGACGCAUGA